CCGUCAUCAAAAACAAAAUGCCCUGUUGCGUCCGCAACUGCACCAGUGGCGCGGGCUUGCUAAAGUUUCCGGAAAGUGCCCGCUUCCGCAAACGUUGGCUAGAUGCGAUCAGUUACGGUACCGGCGAGAAAGUAAGCGAAAUCGACGAAAAGCAAGCGAUAUGUUUGGCACACUUUGGCCCCCGGGGUGACAUGGAGUACCAGGAACCGACGAGGUUUCAAAAAAGUAACGGGGAAUGGAUUUUCCUGGCUAGUUGCCGUCUGUGUUUCAGGAUCGCCGAGAAGAAGCGGAUGUUUUGUCUCAGCGGACAGCUGGCUGGCUGCAGUUUGGAUGUCGUUAUCAAACGUACGCUGGCAAUUAAUAUUAGUGCAAAGGAUUUCCUGCGGGAUAUCUGUUUGCAGUGUGUGACCAAAAUAGAUCUGGUAAGGGCAGUGCAAAACGUAGCUCAAGCUGGGGACUGUCACUUUGGGCUGCUACAGAAAUCGAAAAGACCCUUGGAAGCCUUGCAAGUAACGUUGGAGGAAGUGAUUGAGGAAUCGGUUCCCUGUGAGGUACGAAACGAUCCGGAACCAAGGUGUACGUCUAAGGUGAUCUACAGGCCGUCUCUUCCUAGACGAAAGAGAGAUACUACCGAAAAUGGUGAAAGUGUUCUGCAACUCUCUUCCAGAACAUGUUAUAUUUGUAGUGGAAAGGACAAAUAUCGGGAUAAGGAUGAAUUGAUUGCACACUUGGUUCAGGAACAUGCCGGGAAGGUUGAAUGUGUUUGUACAAUUUGCGACGGGAAGACAUUCUCGUGGGUCCGAGCGUACAAUCACCACCUAAGCAGGCACGACGAACAAUUGCGGCCACUGAAGUGCAACUUUUGUCCGAUUCGAUUCAGCACGGAAAACGCCCUGAACACGCACGAAAAUAAGCUGCACGGUACGAGCCACAAGCUAUACAAACCAGCUAAGGUACACGAGGGAAGAUGGCGAUGCUCGCUUUGUAGCGCGCUUUUUAAGAACAUUAAAUACGUUCGCCGUCACAUGGAAAACAAGCACGGUAAGGGAAGGAGCUCGGAGUGCAAAAUAUGUCACAGAAAGUUUGACAACGCUACAAGCAUGGCCUCUCACAUGUUGGUUCACUUCCAACCGAAGCGAGAAAAGCUUUUCAAGUGUGUUAUCUGUGCAGAAACAUUUCGAUCAAAGCUAGAACUUCAGAAACACAAGCUGAUUGUUCACAAAGGCAAAAAGUUUGAAUGUAAACAGACCUACAGCUGCCACAAAUGCCAAUUGGUGUUUGAAGAUUCACUCGGAUAUUAUAAGCACCGGGAAGCCGUACACAGUGGAAAUCCAUUCCGUGAACGUUACUAUGAAUGUCUAAUUUGUUCGGCGAAACUUAAGAAUGCCGGUGAACUAAUGGACCAUAUAGUUGGCGACCAUUCGAUCGAUAACUACCCGCACGCUCAGUGUUCUGUGUGUCCAUCAAAAUUCCUAAGUGCCAGACAACUGCGAGCCCAUGCGGGCUAUAAACAUCCGGAAGCCCAGAAAGAACCGGUCGUGUUUCAGUGUGAUCACUGCGACCAAAAGCACUAUACGCAACGGCAGAUGGACAAGCACAUGGCCCGGGAACACGGUGCAGAGAAACGGUUCGGGUGCGAUAUUUGCGGCAAGCGGUACAUACUGCGCCGCAGUCUGGGCAAGCACAAGAAAACCCAUCAAAAGGAAAACCAGCACUUGAAGUGUAACCUCUGUGAUGCAACCUUUGCCUUGAAGAGUGCCAUCUACGAACACUGGAAAACCGCGCACGGAACCAAUAAGUGGGAGCAGAAGAAGGCCGUCGCCGCGAACAGUGAAAGUACUAAUUCCCCUCUUAGGGAUCAUUCCUAUCUUACGUAA